GUCAGUGGGAGGGAAGAAAGGUGAACAGAGUCCUGGGCACAGGCUCUGCUGGCCAAGGGCCCUCUCCCUAUCCACCACAGGCAGAGGCUGGCUCCCCUGCCAAUCUCCGGUGUUUGGGGGUGUUAAGUGUCUGAGGGAUCGAGUUCUGUGCCCACUGCCCCAUUCUGCAGAAAGGACUGAGCAUGCGAGAGCUGGGGCACCUGCAAAGGCUUCUGCAGCCACCCCGGGAUGCCAGGGACAGCGGCUCCUCCUUUGAAUGUUGACUCUGAUGCCCUCUGCUACAAGGAAGUGUCCCCAAACCUGGGCUGAGUAAACACAAUGUCUCACGGCCCCCAUCACCCUGCCAUGGGGCCUGGUCUCCCCCCUGCCAUGGGGCCUGUGUCUAGGCCCAGCCUGUCCCCUGCCAUGGGGCCUGUGUCUAGGCCCAGCCUGUCCCCUGCCAUGGGGCCUGUGUCUAGGCCCAGCCUCCCCCUGCCAUGGGGCCUUAUUGAGUUGCCUUAAAAUAGUGUCUACACUCCCCUGUAGUUUCACAGAUACACUUGUGUAGACACUUGCCAAAGAGAUUCAUGAUCUUACACUUGGGAUUAGAAUCCAAAGCGAGUGACCGUUCUUUUCAACCCCAGGAGACAGGCAUUUGACUCGCGUGCGUCGGGUGAGUCAGAGCCCUGAUGUUCUGGUCCGGAUCCACUGUACUCUGCAGUUUCCUGGGCCCUGGCCUCUGUCUGUCAGAUCUUCUGUCCUGCAGCUCCCACGACGAGGCUGGCACUGCACGCUGUGCCUGGCCCCUCCUGGGGGACUCUGAGCCAUCCGGAGGUAUUCCCUAUUUUCUUCACAGGCAUCUCUGUGUGGCUGCACUGGGGUCUGCUGUUCUCCAGAACAUAGGCAGUGGGCACUUGAGCUCCAGGCCAUGACAGAUGGAGCGUCACAAACACCCUGUGGCUUACAUACAAGCCCCUGAAUCUCUGGCACGUUCCUGCAGGGAUAUCCGGCCGACCCCAUUUGGCUCCUGGAAGGUUCCGGCCUUGUACACGGAUGAUCAGGCCUCAAAUCCUGAAGCACUUCCUGUGGCAGACCUGGGGGCAGGCCCGUCCCUCAUCACAUCACGUUUAUCAGCUGUGCGUCUCACACUGGCGGCAGCGGGACCGCGAUCACAGAUUGCUGCCGGCAGCUUCUGCCACCAGGGCUGCACCAGGGCCACAGUCUCCCCGUGGACACCGCCAGCCUUUGGAGGAAGGAGCCCCAGCACUGGGGCACGCGCCUCGCCUGCUAGAACUGGCUCCUUUCUAGGGCAGGCUAGUCAGGCUGAGGGAGACCGAGUCAUGCAGAUGGGCACAGCUGUGGCCCGAAGGUUUGUGUCCUCCUGAAAUCCGUGUGUAUUUCUGGCCCAGCUGAUGGUGGCCUUUGGGGCCUCUGGGAGUGCAGAGGCCCUGGGAACAGCACCCUUCUGGAGAAGCCCCAGGGAAUCCCCUUCCCUUUCCUCCAUGGCAGGCAGCUAGAAGGGUUUUGGAGACCAGGAGGCAGGUCCUCGUCAGACUCUGCACCUUGACCUUGGACUUCAGCCUUCAGGACUGGGAGGAUGGAAUUUGUUGGUAUAAGCCACCUGUCUCUAGCACUCUGUUGUAGCAGCCUGAAUGGACCUAGAGGCAUUGGGCCACCUCCAGACCCUUAGAAAGGAGAUGCAAUGUGGGUCAGCUUGGUGCAUGGGGUCAUCUGCAGAGAGGUGUGGGGCCAGCACAGGCUCCGGGGCCUGGUCCCCGCAGCCCCUUCACGCAGGCCCAGGCAGCUGCAUUCCUCAGCAGAGGACCUCACACGUGCCUCUGCCUCCUUGGUCGGCAGCAACAUGACCAGGUCCACCAGCCACAUGCCAUGGCAGGGGGAGCCCACUGGACGGCCUGUGACCGGGGAUCACCCUCUCUGGGACUCCAGGGCUCUUCGGCAUACUUAUGAAAAAGCACCUGUCUCCUUCCCCAGGUCUGCCUUAGGGUGGUGUCCUUUCUCCCUGGACGAGGGGGUCUCAUAUGAGUCACGCCCCACAUGGUAUCUUGGUGCUGCCCCCAGAACCGGCACGUCCCCAUUCCCACCUCUCCAGCCUUUCCCAGGAAGGGGCCAGGCUUGGAGACCUCAAGUGGCUGGGUGGUGCUGGCAUGGCUGGGCUGUGCCCAGAUGCUGUGCCCAGCUGUCACACACCCCAAGGCUGGGCAGCCUCCUGUCUGGGAUGACUUCUCCAUUCAGGUAGAUUCAAGAGGAAGAACAAAAAUAUAAUGACUUGUCCCCCUCCGCCAUGUGCAGACCAUGCUGACUCUCAGCUCUCAAGCAGCUGGCCCGUGUGGCCUGCAGAUCUUCCAGGAGUCCCGCCCUUAGCACGAUGAGGGUAGACGGUGAGGAGCAGGAGGUGUGGACGGACGCUUGCCUGGGUGACGUGUGCAGAGCCCCUCAGAGGGCACCGUGGUCGCGCCCACGUGACUGCUCUCCGGGCUGAGUGUGCUCAGAGCUGGCUCUCGGCUGGCGCUGCCAGUAAUCCUGUAAUUGGCCGCUAAUCGCUGUGUGCACUUUGCGGGCUGGCCGUCCUUAAUGGUGGUUUUUAUGGUAAAUAAAUGCAGUAUUUGUUACAA